UUAAGGAUAACUUAGCGAAUGGAAAAUUUUACGAGAAAUCAAUCAUUUUACACUACGUCCACGACUUCCGUUGUUUGGUUUUCCGAGGAAGAUAACAAAUCCAUUCCCAUGGCUUGCUUGUAUGCGGUAAUUUCUUUCAUUGCGGUAUUCGGAAAUCUUCUGGUUAUUACAGCUGUUUGUCGGGAUCACACGUUACGCUCGUACACCAGUAAUUACUUCUUAGCAAACCUGGCGGUGGCGGACUUUUUCCAGGGAUUGAUUGCGAUUCCCUUGCGAAUACUGGAAGUGAUGGCGGUAGGCUACAACCCGAACGUAUUUUGUAGAAUUGCAAUUGCCACAGCAAUAUUGUUUGGCAGCAGCUCAAACUUGGCUAUCCUGGUUAUAAGCAUUGACAGAUUUUUUGCUGUGCAAUAUCCAUAUACAUAUGUUAGAUACUCAAACAUAAAAUGCACAUACAUAGCGAUCGCUUGUUCGUGGUCGGUGGCUGGGUUGUUGAGCAUCAUGGCUGCUACACCCCUGGUGUGGCUUAUACCAGUUGUUUCAUCAAGAGUCUGCCGCUUUCCCAUUUACUUAAAUCAAGAUUACAUAUUAGGAAUGUACGUUAUUGUUCACGCUAUUCCAAUUGGUACAGUUGUACUUUUAUACGGGUUUAUUCUCAAAGCCAGCUUGCGGCACGUGCGCAGAAUUCACGUGCAAGAACUUGCUGUUCUCGAAAGUAAUGCACAGUACACGAACGGUCAUCGUAGCAACAUUAAAGAAAUGUCUUCCGGUACAAUCAGAAGAAAAAAGAGACAUUGUGAAACCAUCAAACAGAGAAAAGCAGCCAAGACUGUCUCUAUAAUAGUUGGCCUUUUUAUUCUUCUUGUAGUUCCGAUCAUUGCUAUCGACUUGGCUGAGAUGUUGGGUGCACCAUCAGCACCUGAAAUGUUGACAAGAUUCUGUGUUUUUAUGAUAUAUGCUAAUAACUGUGUCAACGUUCUAGUAUAUGCCGGAUUUAAUCAGGACUUUAGGCGAGCUUUUAAGAAGAUACUUGUUCAGUGUUUUCGAUGCAUUUUUGGAGAAAGACCAUGCAGACCGAUUGUUUCGGUCAUGAUACUCACCAUGAAACAGGCAAACGGUACAAGGAAUCUUCCUUCUUGGGAAAAGCUACCGGACCUCCUGUCUUCCAACGAACCUUUGCUUAACACUGAUACAGAAAAUAGCUCAAAUGCGGGUACUAUGGCUGUUGUGAUCUUUCUGGUAUUAAUUGCGCUUGUAUCAGUAUUGGGCAACGCUCUUGUGCUCACCGCAAUCUACACGAACUAUAGUCUACGAAAUGUGGGUAACGCUCUUUUCGGAAACCUUGCUGUGUCGGACUUUCUUCAAGGAGGAAUCGCAAUACCUUGUCGUAUUGUUGUUCUUUUGCAACCGAAUUCCUAUUUCAGCAUGUCAAUGUGCCGGGCCUCGAUAGCUCUAUCCAUCCUCUUCGGGGGCAGCUCAAAUCUUAACAUUCUAUUCAUCAGCAUUGAGAGAUUUAUCGGUGUUCGAUGGCCUUUUCUUUAUUACUCUUUUGUUUCAGCAAAAGUAAUUUCCUCAGUCAUCUUUUCGGCGUGGAUUUUGUUAGCCCUUUUUGCGAGUCUACCUUUGUUUGCUUGGGGUGGGCAAACACAUCUCCAAGCGGAGUUCUGUUCUUUUACUUUGUUUCUUACUAAGGAUUACAUUGCCGCAGUCUACCUGCUCAUUAACAUCUUGCCAUCAGUUGUCAUAGUAUUUUUGUACAUUUUCAUUCUUAAGGCCAGUUUGCGAAGUAUUCAGAAAAUUCAUAUUCAGGAGCGUAGCGUCCGAUCCUCAGUACGUACAUGUAACCAAGAGGAUAAUGGUGACAUUUGGGAAACUGACGGCACCGCUCCUCAGGUGCGAAAAAACAAAACCACCGAGGCAGCAAGGCAAAGAAAGUCCGCCAAAACUGUAUCGCUCAUUGUCGGUCUGUUUAUUGUGCUGAUAAUGCCUAUUGUCAUACUUGAUAUUGUGGACAUGUGCGGAGGUCUUAAAGUAUCUCCCCUAGUUGUCAGAAUAACUGUUGGGAUGGCCUAUGCCAACCAUUGUGUGAAUGUUUUCGUGUACGCAGGCUGUAAUGGAGACUACAAGCGGGCAUUUGCAAAGAUUUUAUCAAGAAUCAAAGCAAAAUUUACAGGAGUACGCCAUUAG